UCUUAAUGGAUUUGGAAAGAACAAUAUGUAUUUAACUAUACAUAAUUAUCACUAUUUAAUUUAACAAAUGGCUACGUUGAGACAAUACACGAGGGAAUUAUUACGACGAUUCAUCAGGUUUGAAACGAAGAGCAACAAAACGACAUUAGACACUUUGACUGUGGACGUCGGGGAAAAAGAUUUAUUGCAACAUCGUCCGUACUCGGAGAUUCCAGGACCUAAGCCUAUUCCUUUGUUGGGUAACACCUGGAGAUUUCUGCCUUACUUAGGAGAUUUCGAUAUACAAGCGGUAGACAAAUUGUCAAAAAGAUUGCACGACCAGUAUGGCGACAUUGUGAAGGUAGAAGGACUCCUGGGCAGACCGGACAUGGUAUUUGUAUACGAUGCAAAUGAAAUCGAGCGCAUAUUCCGGCGAGAAGAAAAAAUGCCUCAUCGACCUUCCAUGCCGUCUCUCGAUUACUACAAGCAUGUAUUGCGGAAAGACUUCUUUCAGGAUAAUCCCGGGGUCAUUGCCGUUCACGGUGAGAGCUGGUACAACUUUCGGAGCAAGGUACAGCAAGUGAUGCUGCAGCCCCGGACCGCAAGGAUGUAUAUCGGCGCGAUCGAGGAAGCGAGUGAGGCAUUACUUCGCAGAAUAGCCAGAAUACGAGAUGGCAAGCACGAGGUACCUAACGACUUUCUCAAUGAGAUGCACAAGUGGUCCUUAGAAUCAAUCGCACGGGUCGCGUUAGAUGUGCGUUUAGGUUGUUUGGACGAUAACGCGGAUGCGGAAACGCAGAAGCUCAUAGAUUCAUUGAUCACGUUUUUCAAAAACGUGCCCGUCCUCGAAUUAAAGAUACCUUUUUGGAAAAUCUUCAAUACACCCACGUGGCAACAAUAUGUAAAUGCUUUGGAUACUAUUGUCAGUACAAUAUCGAAGUAUACAGCUGCCGCUCUGUCGAGAGCCAAGAAUAACGUCGAUUCGGACAAAGAACUGUCCCUUUUGGAAAGAGUUUUAGCUCUCGAGGGCGAUACAAAAGUGGCUUCUAUUCUUGCUCUAGAUUUAUUCUUGGUUGGCGUUGAUACGACCUCGACUGCAGUGGCCUCGGUGCUCUAUCAGUUAGCGCUACAUCCGGAAAAACAGUCGUUGGCAUAUGAAGAAAUCUGCAAUGUCUUUCCGCAAAUAAACACACCUCUCGAAGCGAUAAACGUCGACAAUUUAAAAUACUUAAGAGCGUGUAUUAAAGAAACUCUAAGAAUGUAUCCAGUUGUCAUAGGCAAUGGGCGAAGUACAACUUCGGACACUAUAAUCGGUGACUAUCACGUGCCGAAAGGAGUGCAUGUGGUAUUUCAACACUAUGUCAUUAGUAACUUGGAGAAGUACUUUCCGCGGUGUCACGAAUUUCUUCCGGAACGAUGGUUACGCGAAGACGAAGUCCGUCACGGAUUCGCGUCACUUCCUUUCGGUUACGGUAGACGAAUGUGUCUUGGGCGACGAUUUGCUGAGCUCGAAAUGAUUAUCGUCAUUAGCAAGGUGAGAAAUAAGACCUCUAAUUGUCGGAGGUACGCUAAGUCGCCACAAAGUAUAGAAAAAAAGGUUUUGUGGGAAUAUUCUAUAUGCACUUUCACUAACUUAGGUCGACGGAUUACUCCUAGUACAUAAUAUCUACUAUUUGGGAACAUAAAGUAUGCUAUAACUUGUAGCAAUGAAAUUUUAAUUUUCAUCAAUAAACUCUUCCUGAUAAAUUUGAUAUAUUGAGUACUUCUCACAUAAUUAAUGAUAGAAAAUUGCAUCGAGUUAAUAUUAUUUUCACCUAUCAAUUUUAAACGACGGAAAUUAAUUUUAUCUUAUCCUGUAUAAAUAUUUUUUUAAUUCUUUAAUUGUAUACUACACAUAAUGAUUUUAUUGUACAGUUAUCAUGAAAGUGUUACAUAAAGCGAGAAUAAUUAUAUAAUAAUUAUUUGACAUGUCGCAAGAACUGCUUAUAGUACAAUGUAAUUUUGCUAAUUAUUAUACAUUUUAUACUUCGUCUUAGAAAUGAACAUGUACAGCGUACGAAUCUAUAAUUUUAUGAUAUAGUUGAUGAAGUAAUUUUUUAU